AUGACACAACCCCAGAAGACCAUUGCCGUGGUCAACGCGACAGGCCGACAAGCGGCCUCACUGAUCCGCGUCGCGUCCGCCGUGGGGUACUCAGUGCGCGCGCAAAUCCAUUCCCUGAAAGGCGUCAUCGCACCAGAACUCCAACAACUCCCCAAUGUGACCCUCCUGCAAGGCCCGCUCCUCGGCAACAUCGCCCUGAUGGACGAACUCUUCAAAGGCGCCCAACUCGCCUUCAUCAACACCACUUCCCAGUCCGGCGACGAGGUAGCCAUCGGCCGCGACUUGGCGGAUGCCGCAAAACGAUCCGGCUCAAUCCAGCAUUACAUCUACAGCAGUAUGCCGGAUCAUUCUGUUCACGGGCCAUGGCCUGCUGUCCCGCAGUGGGCCCCCAAGUUCACCGUCGAGAACUAUGUCCGUCAGCUCGGCAUGCCGGCGACCUUUGUCUAUGCCGGUAUCUACAAUAAUAACUUCACGAGCUUGCCGUACCCGCUCUUCCAGAUGGAGCUUCUGGAAGACGGGAGUUUCGAAUGGCGUGCGCCGUUCGAUCCGGAAAUCCCGUUGCCGUGGCUCGAUGCCGAGCAUGAUGUUGGCCCGACCCUGUUGCAGAUCUUCAAGGAUGGUACGAAGAAAUGGAACGGUCAUCGGUUAGUACAAAGAAAACCCUCCUUCCGAUCUCGGACGACGGAUCCCCGUCGGGAGUCCGUGGCUUGGAGAAUACCCCGGGAAACCAAAACAAAGAAAUCAGCUAACACCGACUUCUCGCUUAGCAUUGCGCUCACAUUUGAAACGCUCUCCCCGCUCCAAGUGUGCGCGGCCUUCUCCCGUGCCCUGGACCGUCCAUGUCGGUACGUCCGCUCGCUAAAGAUCGAGAUCAAGGUCAAUAUCCCCCCGGGAUAUCGAGAACAGCUCGAGGCUCUGGAGGAGCUGUUUGGCAGAUGUGGUGCCCCGUACUUCCCGCAGCCGGAGUUCUCACAGCCUGCCGCUGGCUCACCAAAGGGUCUUGGACCUGCGGGUGGAAAGGGCGCUGGUGCAGGUAUGAUGCAAGGACCUGGCGGUGUUGUCUCGCUGCGGGUGACAGAUGAGUCUCGACAUCUGUGGCAGGGCUGGCGCGAUAUGGAAGAGUAUGCGCGUGAGGUGUUCCCUGUAGAAGAAGAGGCAAACGGUCUUGACUGGAUGGUUUGA